AAAUGCUGGUUUAAACAGAAACAAAAAUUGAUUGCUGCAACGAUAUCUCCGUAACGGAUAUUUGUUGUACUCUGUGUUCUGCUAGACCGCGGUCAGCUGGUCUAGCUGAACAUGUCUUUGCUUGGUAGUCCUGAAGGGACAAGAUUUCAGGUUGAUAUGGAUGACAAAACGUCUCUGUACAUAGACAAUGAUACAAGAGUUGCUCCGCUCAAAGAAACCCUACUGGAACCUUCCAACCUGGAGUCCCUUCCACUCUCUGAAGUUGAGAUGAGUAUAUCAUCAAACUCAGUGGUGACCGCAACCCCUGAUAGUACUUUUGUACCUUUAGAUAAUUAUGCAGCCAUGGAUACAGGUGAGCCGCCGGGCGAGGAUCAAAUGUUGCGAGCCCCGGAUUCAUCCGUAGUGGGGCACAGUAACCUCUUUCUCUAUCAUGAUGAGUUUAAAGAACGUCCUGCUAUCGCUAGUGCGAUCAAUUCGAUCACAAACUAUUCCUCUGCCAUCCCUCUGGCACCAGGAGAUCCUGAUGCUAAACCUGUGGAAAAGGCGAACCUUGGCACAAUUAUGGGGGUGUACCUUCCCUGCUUACAAAAUAUUUUUGGAGUCAUUCUUUUCAUCAGAUUAACCUGGAUAGUUGGAACUUGUGGAGUUAUUGAAGGAUUUCUUGUGGUUCUCGUCUGCUGCUCUGUGACAAUGAUCACCUGUAUAUCUAUGUCUGCUAUUGCUACGAAUGGAGUAGUGCCGGCAGGGGGGUCAUACUUUAUGAUCUCCCGCGCUUUAGGACCUGAGUUUGGCGGUGCUGUAGGGAUACUGUUCUAUAUAGGGACAACAUUCGCCGGAGCUAUGUACAUCAUUGGUGCAGUCGAGAUUGCAAUGGUGUAUCUGAUAGGACCGGAUAUGUCCCUGUUUGGACCGGAUAUCAACGACGACUUUGUCAAGUUCAACAACUAUCGGGUGUACGGUACCCUGCUACUGAUCUGUAUGGGGACUAUCGUUUUCCUGGGAGUCAAGUUCGUCAACAAGUUUGCGGCAGUUGCGCUCUUCUGCGUCAUAGGGUCAAUCGUCUCCAUCUUCGUCGGCGUAUUUGUCAACAUCCACGGCAACGACAAAGCACCGCUGUGUUUACUGGGUACAAGGCUACUGUCCAAAGUAGCAAACUGUACUAAAGAUCCUGUUGCAAGCCCAGAUGUUUGGAACAUGUACUGCGACAGACUCAGUAACUAUACAGAUAUCCCGAUGAAUGAGACUACCCCUGACAUGUACAAAUGUGAAGAGUAUUUUGAAGCGAACGUGAUGAACAUCACCCAGGGUAUUCAGGGGAUGUCGAGCGAUGCUUUCUACAGGAAUCUCAGGAACAAGUAUUAUGAUGCUGGGACAGCUAUCUCAAGUAGUCCUCUGGAGACAGAGUACAAUCUGGGCGGUAAACCGGCUAAAAACCAGGUUACAGUUGAUAUUUUGGCAAGUUUCACCCUUAUUGUCGGAAUAUUCUUCCCUAGUGUUACAGGUAUAAUGGCUGGAUCUAACCGUUCUGGUGACCUGGCUGACCCGCAAGCUAGUAUACCUGUUGGAACCCUGUGCGCCUGCCUCACGACCUCCAUCACCUACUUGUCCUCCAUCCUCUUCUUCGGUGCAACCGUAGAUCCUCUUCUUCUUAGAGACAAGUUUGGUCAGAGUAUCGGUGGAAGCUUGGUUAUCGGAAAUGUUGCUUGGCCUCAUCCUAAAGUUAUCGAGAUUGGAUCUCUGCUAUCUACUAUUGGAGCCGGACUACAGUCCCUUACAGGGGCUCCUAGACUUCUACAGAGUAUUGCUAAGGAUGGUAUUAUCCCGUUCCUUGAGCCUGUAGCAGUGGUCAGCUCAAGGAAUGAGCCGGUCAGAGCUCUCAUGUUGACCAUCUGUAUCUGCCAGAUUGCUGUACUCAUUGGAAAUGUCGACGCUAUUGCACCACUUCUAAGUAUGUUCUUCUUGAUGUGCUACAUGUUCGUGAACCUGGCCUGCGCCCUGCAGACCCUCCUCAGGACACCGAACUGGAGACCGAGGUUCAAAUACUACCAUUGGUCUCUGUCUCUAGUCGGAGUCGGACUAUGUUUAGCUGUCAUGUUUAUGUCAAGCUGGUACUUUGCCCUCAUCGCCAUGUUCAUCGCCGGAGUCGUCUACAAGUACAUCGAGUACAGGGGAGCUGAGAAGGAGUGGGGAGACGGUAUCCGAGGUUUAGCUCUCUCCGCAGCUCGUUUCUCUCUUCUCAGGCUUGAGGAUGGACCUCCUCAUACCAAGAACUGGCGACCUCAGAUCCUGAUUAUGUGCAAGAUGGAUGAAAAAUUGAACGUAAAGCAUAAACGUCUGUUCACGCUCGCCUCUCAACUCAAGGCCGGGAAGGGACUGACCAUUGGUUGUACAGUUGUACAAGGAGAAUUCGGUAAAAUGUAUGGGGAGUCCCAGGCUGCCAGGCAAAGCUUGAAGCAGGUAAUUGAGACUGAGCAGGUGAAAGGGUUCCCUGAGGUUGUUGUGAACGAAUCUAUCACUGAUGGCAUUUGCCACAUGAUCCAGACGAGUGGACUGGGAGGUAUGAAACCUAACACUGUAAUCCUGGGUUGGCCUAAUACCUGGCGGAAGAAGGAAGAUGAUGGAACUCAGGUCUUUGUCAACGCUAUCAGAAAUGCUGCGAAUGGAAAGAUGGCACUCUUGGUUCCCAAGGGAAUCCAGAGAUUCCCUGAUACCGGAGACAGUGUCAAGGGUAAUAUUGAUAUUUGGUGGAUUGUUCAUGACGGAGGUCUUCUUAUGCUUCUUCCUUUUCUUCUCAAACAGCACAGAACUUGGCGCAAAUGUCGUCUGCGUAUCUUUACAGUUGCUCAAGUAGAAGAUAACUCUAUUCAAAUGAAGAAGGAUUUGAAGACUUUCCUUUAUCAGCUAAGGAUUGACGCAGAUGUUGAAGUUGUUGAGAUGCAUGACUCCGAUGUAUCUGCGUACACUUACGAGCGAACACUUAUCAUGGAACAGCGUAAUGAGAUGCUUCAUGACAUGCGCUUAAAACAGAAGACGCGCGCAAAAAUGCCGGGGCGCCGCCUAUCAUUGAACGAGAAUCCUCUUUAUCAAAUGAAGAUUAAGGGGGAUCCAGGCUCAACUUUGGUGGAGGAUAUAUCACAGUCCAACUCAAUUGAUAACUUGCUUGACCCAAGCAGGCACCAGGAUCUGGGCAUAUCUAUGCAGAAAUCUCCAAAUAAAGUCAAGUUCUCAGAGGAGCUCAACGGCGAUGUUGAAGACGAUAUGCCCCCGUACCCUGAGGUCAAUAAUAAAGCACACAACCAUGUCAAGCCCGCCAUGGAAUCCAUUCCUCCGGAGAACGCAAAUGUUCGGCGGAUGCACACUGCUGUAAAACUGAACGAAGUUAUUGUUGCCAAGAGCCACGAGGCUAAACUUGUCAUACUCAACCUACCAGGACCUCCUAAAGUUAUGGGCAAGGACAAGGAUUGCUCAUAUAUGGAGUUCCUUGAGGUUCUAACCGAGGGAUUGGAGAGAGUUCUCAUGGUUAGAGGUGGAGGUAGAGAGGUUAUAACAAUAUAUUCAUAGACUGGAGUGGUGACCUGUGUUUAUAUUUUCAUCUCGUUUUCAUCUACAUUAACAUAAACAUUAAACAUCAAGAAUUCUUCCAGAACAUCAGACUCAUCAUAACAGAUUAGCUCAGUAAGAAACUCAAGCUGAGCAGAAGGUUCAUGAAACAAUAUUAAAUCUUUUUUUCAUAGGACACUCUUAAGAUCAUCAUUGAUUGAUGAUUCUAAACUCUAGAUCAUUGAUUUUACAGCAUUGAUCAAUGAUUUGAACCACUGAUCAAUGAAUUUGAAUACCAGAUCAAUGAAACCACCCCCUGAUCAAUAAUACUACACCACUGAUCAAUAAUUUUGGAUUAUUUUAUGAAUUUAAUGAAUUUGACUCCCAUGGUAAUAUUUUAAAAAUAAAGGAAAAAACCCAAGAAUAAUUUCUUGGAGUUUAUUCUGGUCUCGAAUUGAGCCCGAAAAUUAGUUAAAUCCUGGUACAUCCACAGAGUAUAGAAAUAUAUAUGAGAUUUUAUUAGAAUUAUACAUGUUUUAAACUUUAUAAUGUUACUGUAUUAGAAAUGUAUUUUAUUGAUUGAUUAUUUAUGCUUUAUUAAAUGUAAUGGAACAUUUUACAGUGUUCAAAAGACAUUUUAACUUCAGGAUUUUGAAAUGCAAACCUGAACCAAAAGUACACAAUUUAUUAUUAACAAAAUUAAUAUAUACAUUAGAUAAGUACAAUAUUUCAUAGUUUAACAAUUUCAGCAAUUUAUGUUGGAACUUUUUGCAAUAAGUUUGAAGCAGCUAAUAUAAGGCGGGACUUGAAGAGUAAAGAUGGUUGUCAUUGGAAACUACGCAACUUACGCCGCAAAUGCCGCAAACAUAUGAUUUAUGCCGUCAUCUUUACUUUUAUUCUGUUCUUCUGUUAUUUGUUCCAGUUUUACCUUUCAUACUGUAUAUUUAUAAACGUAGGGGAUUGAUUCGCCAUAGUUAUAUAUUAUCAAUUUAUCGGUCAAUAAUGAUUGAUCGAUUUUGAUUGAUUGAAUUUGAUUCUUCUAUGGCAGCUCUAUUCCACAUAUUAGUUCAUGUUCAACCUUUAGUGUCACUACACUCGCAUUUUCUGAGAUAUCAACAUCUAUGGUAGUCUCAUUAAGGCUUGAAUCCUAGAUGUCUGAUAAUCAGAAAAUCCGGGGCAGACCUUUAAGCUUAAUCCUGUUUGAAUUGUUGGUCUAGUUUCAGGGUGGAUUCUUCAAUCAUUGAACAACCUUCAACGGGUAGAAGUCUGUAGGAUUAUAUCCUAGAAUCCUAUUGGAUUGUAUCCCAGACUUCUGUAGGAUUUUUUCCCAGAAUCCUGUAGGACUGUAUCCAACCCUGUUGUUCUCCAGGUUGAAGAGUCUCCCCUUCUCCUCCUCCCUCCUGUUCAAAGCACAAGAUGGAAUCUGUGACACUGGGGCUGAGAAAGCUGAAUAACUAUGGUACUAACCAGGGCCGGGCACUAGUAGAUUAUUCUUAGUCGAGUUCAAGAAACAGUUUUUCCACAACAUUUCUUUAAAAUCAAAAGAUGCAUAUGUAAUCUUCAACGUUUUGACCUUGAAGGAAAAUUCUGGAAAAAUAGAUUUCUCGCAGUGAAGGUGCUUUUAUCAUUCUUCCGGAGUCUAGUUUAAUGGCGACGGGGCCUUUUGGUGGGAUCUCAGCAAGACUCACCGUCGCCAUUUUUUUAUUUGGCACCGGUGAUUUUAUUCCCUAUUUUAGAUCCCUGUGAAGGCAGUUUUUAAAUGUUUUUAUUUAUAUUAGCGUUUUAUCAUGUAUUUUUGAAACUUAAAAUAUUUACAAAACUUGUGAAAAAUACUCAAAAUAUUCACAUCUUGCCAAUGGAUAUAAAAAUCACCCAUAUCUUACCGCACAUCACAAGUUCACCAAAGAAAUUGCCAUUUUAACCAUUCUACCCCAUUGAUUCUGCUCAGUUGAAAAAUGAUAUUCAAACCUUAGUUUUUUCUUCAUUUUUUAUGUGUAUUAUUUUAUCAGGCUGUUAUAGUAGAGUUAUAUUGUGUUGCUUAACCCCCUAAUAUUUGCGAAACAAAGUGGGUUGUUCAAGUUAUUUUUUGAUAAAGCAUCUUAACCUCGGUGCUUGUAUGACGUCAUGUGCAUGUGUUUUAGAUAAGUCCCCAUCCAUGCCCUCGCUUAGUGUAAUAACUGUACUUUGUUUCUAUCUGUAUUGUUAUUCAGUAUUCAUUAUUAGAUGACAGUGUUUUAGUAUUUCAGAUAGAUUAUCAAAUAUAUAUGUUAUAGGUUUCA